GCUACAUUCAUAUAAAGUUGAAACGAACCAGAUCACUCACGAUAAACAAAAACAUGUUGAUCAAGCAAAUGAAUUUCUAUCAGGGACGAUGAAAAAUAUACAAGUAAACUUGGCCGAAAAACAUACAAAAUUUCAAAAAGUGAACAUUUUGGAGCUCGAAAUAACUAAAAUAAGAGAAGAAAUCGCACGAG